GAACCCUUAUUGUUGCUCUUUCUCUGCCUCAAUUUAAAUGUUAAAAGACGUAUUUUUAGACGACCAAUGGCGCUGGAGCAGAGUACCGCUGCGGCUAUAAGUGAAAUUGAUAGAACGUUGCGGUCGUUGGGAAUACGUGACGACUUUACGCUCACACGUACACAGCCACAACUCACUUGUGCACUUUCCCUUUUAGCUCCAGAGCUUCCGUCUAGACAGACAUCAUCGACCCAGACACCACUUCCUUCAAGAGUUGCAGCUGGAACACAGUGUUGCACAUCAACGUGUUCGACCAGCGUGCAGCACGGCCCAGGUCGCAGAAUUGCCGUUUCUCAGACAGAUGAGAUAGUGGAGGAUGAUGAUGCAGCAAAGAAACUUACCAACGUCGCAUUGGCUGUCACCUCCAUUAUCGAGAGCGGAAAUUUGUUUGAGUUUACCGCUUUACAGCGCAUCGAAAAGCUCAUGAUACAACUGAGAAACGUAGAACAAAAUUCACAGCUCUAUUUACAGUUUCGUCAGAGUUUCAAAAAACAGUACGAACAAAAAUCCAUAGAGAGCGAGGAAUUAACGGAACGAAUGUCGCUUUUGACCGCGGAGUCUAUCAACCGCAACGACCUUGCUACCGCAUAUCAUAACCGGCACGUUCACAUAGAGAAAGCAACUCAUUACCAGUUGCAAUUAGCUUUAGAAGCUGCCCAAAUGCGACAAGAGCUGCCGCGCGACCUAAACGGAAAAGCUGAUCUUUCAACAAACUCGGCGCAUAGUUCUGUUAACGAUCUGACAGAGCUUCUUGACCAAUGCUGGCGAGUCCUUGAGGAGUAA